GCCUGCUUCUUAUCUGCCUGGAUUUUAUGGCCCGGAACUCGCGCUCCGACAACUCUGUUAAUUUCCUCGCCGCGUGCGAGAGUUAUAACCUGACUGAAUUCAAGCAUAUGUUAUUGAGCGCAUUAGUCGACAACCCGCCGGCGCUCCACGAAUGCAUCCAUGGCCAGAGCCUAGAGUCGCACCCGGAGCUCAUGAUGCAGUUGCUGACGCUUUGCGCGCACAGGCUGAGCAGGACGACGAAGGAGCGCCACGUGGUGAAGCACUUCGACGGCCUGCCGUACAGAUGUCGCUGCUACAUGUGCGUCCGCGAGGUCUCGUUCAUGUCCAAGCAGAUGCUGGGCGAAAUGCUGUUCCCGAUGGUGCAGAAGAUCUGCCCCGACAACGCGAACAAGAUUACAGGCAUGAUCAUAGAGUUGGACAACGCGGAGUUGGUCCCCCUGUUCGAGUUCGAGAGCGCGCUCCGCGAGAAGGUGGAGGAGGCUGUCGUCGUGCUCAGGGCGGCGGAGGAGACACCGGUCACCUCCCGCGGGAGAGACUAG